UUCUGACCAAAAAGAUGGGAGGGUGGAGGGGUCACGAGAUUUGCGCAGAUUCUGCCACGUUUGGUGAGAUUUUUUUGUGAUCCCGGAUCGAGAUCCUGUGAUCUUCGGUGUUCUUCUCGAAUACGGCAGGGAUCGUUUCAUAAGCUUCCCUGUGUCGUCGUUCGUGGGCCUGUCCAUGAGACACCCUCUCCCCCUCCCAAUCCCAAUCUCGCGUGGCAAUCGAAAACCAGCGCUGCAGUGCUCGUCCUCAUUGCUGUCCUCUUUGAUCUCCAAUUCCUUACACCCACCACGUCUCAACCAAAUGGUCGCCAGCUCAAACGGCGAUGUUUACGCUCAGUUCCCUCACGGCAUCAUCGUUGACGAUGGGCCACAGUCCAGCGAGGAUGGCUCCGGUCUGCACUCUCCAAUAUUCGGUGCCCACUUUCCCCACUCGCACGGAGACAGUAUCCGGUAUCACCACGAUCGGCUCGACAUACACAGCGCCGCCGGCGUGCUUGCCUCCCAGUUUGAUUACAAAAGCAUUCAGCUGUCCGUUCCCCAGCCUUCACACCACGUCUACGACGACCAGCUGGAUAUACACCCUGCCACUCAGCCCCAUCAGCCAUCUCCGUAUUCUCAAGAUUACCCGAUCGCCCCUCGAAAUCAUCUCGGUCUUGACAUCUCACCCCAUUCAUACCAUGGCACGCGGCUCCCUCUCUCUUCUGCGUUAGGAGGGGGCCCAGGUCUCAGUUACCACCUCCCUGCCCCACACCGCAGGUAUUCCGAUGAUGUAUCGCGCGAUAACUCAUAUCCCACAUGCGCACCAGCAUCCCCACCGAUUGUCCCCGAAAGCGACCAGCGAACGAUAAUACCUAAGCGCGAGCCAGAACCCCAACCACUCCUCCAGCCCGCACCUGCGCCACCCCCCCAACAACCACCGCAGCAACAACAGUCGGGCGCACAGAGCAACCCACGACGAGAAUCAUCAAAUCUGGUCAUAGCAUGUCGACAGUGUCGAGCGAGGAAGAUCCGUUGUGAUUCAACACGACCGAUAUGUCACAACUGCGUCCGCCGAUCGAACGAGUGCCAGUAUGAUGCCGUCCCGAAGCGUCGGGGACCAGACAAGCGGCCUGGCACUCGCCAGCGUUCGUGCAAGAAACGCCCUGCAGAUGGUUCAACGCCUGUGCCACCCUCGAAAAGGAAAAAGGCUGGGACUUGGUCGGGAAACCCUCAGGCCGAGGUGCAAGCCCAACGAAUUGGUCUCGAGCAUAACGUCAUCAGAACUCAACAGGAUACCGGCAAUCAACCUCCUCAACCAUCGCUUUCUCCUCGGCGCCCGGAACUUUCGUUGGCUCAAGCACGCACUCUGCCCGAUAGCUAUGCCACGCAACCGGACAAAUCUCGAGGGGCAAGCACGCCAGUCAUCCAGUAUGACCCUAAGGAAGCCUGGAGUAAUUUACUGGGAGGAUACUCCAAAACACGGGAAGAAUCGAUGGAUGAUAUCGUUAAUGACUUGUCACUGAUCUUUACCACCCGCGGUCAUUGGCUACCUGUAAUCAAUGUCCGUGACCUCGUCCAACGACUGUUUGCGUCGGAGGAUCGUUCGUUGUCGCAAUUGUGUUUGAUAUUCGCGGGCUUGGCGGUGACGACGUUGAUGAAGUCCAGCGAAAUGGGGCUGAGCACCGCGGGACAGAAUCGGGCGGCAUGGCUUAGGGAUCAAGCCUAUGCCUCACUUGAGGCUUCGUGGAGUUCGCAACUGAUAGACAUCAAUCUCGCGAGAGCAGCACUGAUGCUUGCUAUAUACGAGUCCUCGGCACAUCCCCUUUACACACCUGAACGAGAGAGAAAGUCCCUGUUACAACUGGAUCACAUUAUCCGCUCACUUGGUCUGGCAUUCAUGGAUAGCAACGAACCCGACGUGUCGACGUUCACUCCAAACACCGUACCCGCAGCCCGCAGACGCCUGUUCGGUGCCACUGGAAAAGAUGACCUCCAUUCACAUCCUUCUGCAAGCAAAUGUACAUGCACGCCCUCCCCGUCCAACCCAACUAUGAUAUCUGACCCAAUCUUGCCUUUUUGGACCUAUGUUCCGCCCUGCAAUCCGCUUUGGACCGCCGACGAAGUUGACAAAGAAGACUGUAGGAGGCUAUGCUGGAGUGCACUUAGCCUCGUGGCCAGCUACACGUCACGCUGCAUUGCAUCUCGGAAGGAACCAAGUGGAUUUUUUAUGGCAGACCCGUCUAAUUUCCGAUUGUUGUUUCCUGGGGAAGCAUCAGAACGUGGCUCUUCCGACCUUAAGGCGCAAUCUCCUAAGGACUCCAUAUGGGCACUCUAUUGCCGCAGCAUGCUACUUUGGAAUUUCUGCACCACUCGGCUUCGGCAGAAUACAUUUACCAGUGAUGAAACUGCAGACAUUGCGUUACAAGCCUGGAGGGAGGCGCAAGAGAUCCAAGAUGCACUCGAUUCCCACAACUGUGGGCUGGACAUGACUUUACUAUACAUGUGCCGGGAGUACGUGUACAACAUCCAGAUGCUGAUAACUUCCGCUCUACAAAGCUUCCACGGUCCUGGAGCCGGCCACUUGCCUUCCUUCACUCGGAAACAUGCGGAACAAUGGCUUCGCCAUCUUGGCUACUUCGUUAGUAGAGUCCCGGCAUCGGUAAAGCAUAUGGGGGACAGUUGUAGCGAUUCAUUCGCCAGCCGUCCAUUCCAAGUGACGUGGCUGGCUAGUCAAAUAUCUAUGUGCCUUUUACUUUGGGAGAAUGACCGAUCUCUCAUCGAAGCUUUAGAAGUUGCCAAGGAUAUACUAGGACCCCUGGAGCUUUUGAACACUUUGUGGCCUUGUCCCAUGCUGCAAAGUACAUGCGACGAGCUACGCAAGAGAGUCAUAAGUAUAUGUCAUUCUACCAACAUUCCGCCCCCUACUCCUACAAAUUCUUCUUUUCCGAUCUCUCCUCGCAUUCGGGGGGGUUAAAUGGUUUCCCUGGCCCUGUGGAUUUCCACCGCAAAGUCAACUCUCGUCACGUUGAAUGCUCUACAUAUAUACCCAUUGAUCGAUGCCUUCCAAAUAGGACAAGCUCCAUGGAUGCUGUCAUUAUCUGUAGCCUCCAUAGGGAUUGCACGCCCCCGUCCCAUGCCAUGCAGUUAUACGCGCGUGAUGAUAUACCACUGUAUUUUAUCGGCCUUCGAUAUCUCGAUACCCACCUGUGUCACUCAUUUUGCAUAAUGAAAAAUCUCCAAACGUUACUUUGUCUCAGGAUACUGGUUGGU